UCUAACAGCGAAAGAUUGAUUGGCUGAUACAUCGCUUCCUUUCUGUCUAGCAACUUUCUGUGCGAAAGAGUCUAGCUUUAGGACUAGCCUAGACUCUUGGCUGACGCAAUUCGAUGUUAUCCGGUCUACCACGUGUUGAAUCAGAAGAAAAUAAGAACAUAUAUAUAUAUUUUUGUAAAAUGAAUAUGUAUUGGAAUAUGCUUUAUCUAGAACGUCCGCCGUAUGCAACUUGGUCUAUCAAGUCAUUAUCUGCCAAGGAAGCAGAUAUAAAUGUAGAUUUAUGCAAAUAUGUGCUCAAUACAACAAUCAAGGACCUAGAAUCAAUGGAUAUUCUUCAUGCAGAGGCUACAGCUUUAAGCCGCUUAAUAUAUCGAAUGAAGAACAAAUUUCGUAGUGAUAAAGGAUUGAGAUGCAUGGUUGCAUUGAAUAAAGCAUUGAUUAACUAUUACAACAUGUCUUUGCUGAAGGAAUAUAAAGACUUACAGUCUGUCAUUGAAAUAGAAGAUGAAAUUCAUAUAUUACCUAGUAAACAAAUGCUGGAAUAUGUACUUGUGAGGACACAAGGCUUUGCGAAACUUAUGGCUAAAGUAGAAGACAUAGCAAGACAUUCUGCGCACUUUUUAAAAGCACGAAUAAAUUUAGGUCAUGCAUGGAACAUUGCUUUAAUCGCUUAUGCAACUGUGAGCAGGAUUUGGUUUUGCUCAAAAUUGAUACUCCAGAAAUCUUGUGGCUGGUACAACAAUCUAUAUAGUUGUUCCAAGAACUUUGAGUAUGUUGGUCUACCUUGGAUUCCAAAAAGUCAAAGCUUGCCAUCCAAUUUAAGAUUAUGGCUCUCUUUAGACUGGCUCAAUGCAGAAACAAAUAUGUCUGAUUCAACUAAGCAACAUACAUUUGAACAAUUCAUGCCAGAAGUAUCUGAUAAUACGAAUUUCAAUACUUCUGAGUCAAGACUACAAGCAAAUGCUUCAACCCAUAAUGUAUUAUUAGAUGUUGAAUCAGACAGUGAUGAUACAAAUGAUAUUGGAGAAGUAAUAGCUCGGGAGACUUUUGGGAGAAGUCUUUUGAAUGUGCAAUCUAAUACUCCUCUGCCAAGGAAGCGUAAACAUAUGCACACUACUAAUCAAGGAGAAACAACGGGGAAACGGGUUAAAUAAAAAUAAAAUAAAAUAAAGAGAAUCAAGAAAUAUAAGUACUAAAGCUGAAACUUAAAUCAAAGAAAUCAAAAUCGAUUCAGUUUUGUUACAUUUUUUAUAAGAUUUUAUAAGAUGUUAUAAGCCUCAAAUUGUGAUAUAUAUUAAAUCUGUGAUAUAGAUAUAUAUAUAUAUAUAUAUAUAUAUAUAUCCAUACAGUACUAGAUCUAUAUCUAUCUAGUCAAAAAAAUAAUCUCAAAUGUAAACAACUAAGAUUUUUUAAUAAAAAUAUUUUUAUAUGUUGCAUGUAUAUA